UCGCCUCAAGCAUCUAACCCGUUCUUUGUUAUUCUAUUUAAAUUGUUAUGAUAAAAUAAUGAAAGACUGUAGAUAUCUAUUCUUCUAUUGUAUAUUUUUCGUCUCCUUUUUGGCUGAUACAGUCAUCUUCAUGGCGAUUGUCUCAUCCUAUCCUUCACAUAUAAUUGGUACAUUUUAUUUCGCUGGUUUCUUUUGUAUCACUGCAAUUGGAUCUGUAAUCUACUUUGCCGGUGAAUUUGUUGACCGUCCAAAUAUUAUUCAUGGUCUUUUAACCAAGAUCAUUCACAAAUGUCAAGCCGGUUACGAGGAAAAAUUAAAUAUGCAUAAAGUAUUGGAUCGGAUCGCAAUUUAUGGAACCGGAGCCAGAAUUGGUGAUGUCAUUAAUAAAAUCGAAAGGGAUCUGUUUGUUUUCUAUAUUCUGGAAAAUGCCAGUACAGUUAUGCUACUUAUUUGUAAUAUAAGAACGGCUUAAUAAUUGUGAAUGGAUUGAAAAAAUUGAGCUAAUACAUACUGAUAAGGAAAGCUCCCAAACGCUACAUGAGUUUUCAAUACAUUUUGACCUCAAAAUAUUCGAAUGGGUCAGAUAAGAACCUCUGUCAAGUCUUUCGUUUCGCAAAUGCCCCUUGCAAAAAAUACAGGGUGUCCAAGUUUCAAUUUUUGCACAGGUUAAGGCUAUUUAAUGCAAUGUACAUCCAUUAGCAAUAUUGUCAGACCCCGGAUUUGGAUUGCUCAAUUUAAUGUCAGACCCGGGAUUCUUAGAAUAAAUAAAACAAAGAAAUAAACUAUGAUUUUUUAUAAAUUAAGAUAAUAGGAAGCCAAUUUAUCCAGAAUAGAGAUUUGCAUGAGAAUCGAUAAGUUUUAUUUUAUGAUUGAAGAAUUGCCAGAGAAUCUUAAUCUUAAUUGUGGUCUUGAUGUUAACGAAAAGGAUUAUAAAUGUAAAGUUUCCUACAAGUGU